AUGGCUCUCUCACAUGCCAUGCUCAUGACAACCCUGCUUCUGGGUCUCAUGGCAUCCUCCUCCACUGCUCAAGGUCCAAUAUCCUCACCACCAACUGCCGCUGCAAUGCCACCUACAAGUUCUGCAACUCCGCCUUCCUCUCCCGUGACACCUUCCCCUGCUGCCACGCCACUGUCACCCCCACCAACAUCUCCCUCUCCUCCCGCAGCUACCCCAACAAUGAGUCCAAGUUCGAGCCCACCAGCACCAGCACCAACACCUGAGUCACCAGCGCCAGAAAUGGCUACUCCUCCUGCACUCAUGGGACCAACACCAUCUCCUGCAACCGGGUCGCCAACAUCAAGUUCUGGAGCUACCCCAACUUCACCUCCCGCCUCAUCGACACCGGAUUCAGGAGCUUUUGUUCAUGGAAGCAGGGUGGCAGCUUUGUUAUCACUGAUUGGAGGAGUUGGGCUAAUUGUAGUAUUUGCUUAA